CGGCGCGCCCGGCCAUGGAGGGCUCGUCGCCGGCUCCGGCCAGGCUCUUGGCGGCGGCGGCCGCGGCGGGGAGCCGGCUCGGGCCGAGCGGGCAGGAGUGAGGACACCGCCGCCGCCGCCGCCGCCGCCGCCGCAGAGGAGGGGGGGGCGGUGGCGGUGCUGAGCGCGCCCCCGCCGGAGCCCGGCAGCCGACUUGUCCCCGCCCGCCCGCCGGCGAGGCGCUGCGCCCCGGCCGCGCGUCUCCAUUGCGCGUCGCGACCGCGGCAGCCGCUGCAGCAAAGGAGCCGCCGCCGCCGCCGCCCCGUCCCGCCCCGAGCCCGGCAGCUCCCGCAGCCCCCAUCCUCGCCGGCUGGGGCGCGGCCGGGCAUGAGCCGCCCCUGAGGACCCCGCCCGGGCCAGCCCCGCAGCCCAGCCCAGCCCAGCCGCCGCCGCCGCCGCCGCUCGCCAUGGGCAAGGACCAGGAGCUGAUGCAGGCGGUGAAGGCGGAGGACGUCGGCGCGGUGCAGAAGCUGCUGCAGAGGCCCAAGCCGGGCAAAGCCAAGCUCCUCGGAUCGACCAAACGGGUGAACGUCAACUUCCAGGAUACAGAUGGGUUCUCCGCCUUGCAUCACGCCGCCCUCAAUGGCAACACGGAGCUCAUCCUGCUGCUGCUGGAAGCCCAGGCUGCGGUGGAUAUCAAGGACAACAAAGGGAUGCGCCCUUUACACUAUGCUGCCUGGCAAGGGAAGAAGGAGCCCAUGAAGCUGGUGCUGAAGGCCGGCUCCUCAGUCAACAUCCCAUCGGACGAGGGACAGAUCCCUUUGCACUUGGCGGCUCAGCACGGACACUACGAUGUGUCAGAAAUGCUCCUCCAGCAUCAAUCCAACCCCUGCAUACUGGACAACAGUGGGAAGACUCCUCUGGACCUGGCCUGCGAGUUUGGCCGCGUUGGGGUAGUGCAGCUGCUUUUGAACAGCAACAUGUGCGCAGCCCUGUUGGAGCCCAAGCCGGGAGACAUCACUGACCCAAACGGGACCAGUCCGCUGCACCUGGCCGCCAAGAAUGGACACAUUGACGUCAUCAGGCUUUUGCUCCAGGCUGGCAUAGACAUUAACCGCCAGACGAAGGCAGGAACCGCCUUGCACGAAGCAGCCCUCUGUGGCAAGACGGAUGUGGUGCGCCUCCUCCUGGAUAGCGGGAUCAAUGCCCACAUCCGGAAUACCUAUAGCCAGACCGCUCUGGACAUUGUCCACCAGUUCACGGCCACGCAAGCCAGCAAGGAGAUCAAGCAAAUGCUGCGAGACGCUUCAGCUGCCCUGCAGGUCAGGGCCAUGAAAGAUUAUUGCAACAACUAUGACCUGACCAGCCUCAAUGUGAAAGCCGGGGACAUCAUUACGGUCCUGGAGCAGCAUGCCGACGGCCGGUGGAAAGGCUGCAUUCACGACAACCGGACAGGCAACGACCGGGUGGGAUACUUCCCGUCCACCUUGGUCGAAGCCAUCAGUAAACGCACAGGUCCGUGGAAUGCAGACCCUUCCCCAGGGCAGUUUCAAGCCAUCUCCCUCCCAGCUGGGGGGGCUGCCCUGCCCAACGGCCUCCCUGCUUCCUCCUCCUCCUCCUCCUCCUCCUCUCCCCCCCUCCAUCAGCUCCAUUGCCUGCUUCCGUCUCCAAUGCUUCCCCAUCAGCCUCUUUUCAGUUCCUUCGGCUACCGCCGGCUCGCCCAUGGCGGUGCGGAAAGGCCUUGUGCCAAUCCAGGUUCCCGAGGGUCGGAUGCCAGCCCGUCCCACUUGUCUCCUGGCAGCUCUGCGACCACGCCGGCCCCCGCAGAAGAAAUCUGGGUGCUCCGGAAGCCCUUUGCAGGAGGUGACCGCAGCAGCGUGGGCAGCACUGGAAGCAUCACCAGUGGACGGAGCUCGGGCAGUGGCCAGAGCACUGGAAGCGGAGGCCAUGGGGCCCUUCAUCCUGGCUCAGAAGGCGUGAAGCUGCUGGCAACUGUCCUUUCCCAGAAGGCGUCUGUGCAAGAUUCUGCUGUGAGCGACGGGCCUGCCAAGGCGGUGGAGACACCCGCAGGUUCUUCCAGGACCCCAGGAUUGGGCAGCGCACCGUACCCCAGCCAGCCAUAUGGGGAGCAGCCGGUCAAGAAGGUGGAGCCGCAGUCCGAGGGGAAGAGCUCAGAGGCCGUCUACCAGUGGCUGUACAAGUUUCAACUGCAGCUCUACGCCUCCAACUUCAUCAAUGCUGGUUAUGACAUUCCCACGAUCAGCCGGAUGACCCCCGAGGACCUGACGGCCAUUGGGGUUACCAAGCCGGGACACCGAAAGAAGAUCACGUCUGAGAUCAACAACCUCAACAUUCCCGAGUGGCUUCCAGAAUACAAGCCAGCAAACCUGGCUCUCUGGCUCUCCAUGAUUGGUCUGGCACAGUAUUACAAAGUCCUGGUGGAAAAUGGCUACGAGAACAUCGAUUUUAUCACCGAUAUCACUUGGGAGGAUCUGCAGGAGAUCGGCAUCAUCAAACUGGGCCACCAGAAGAAGCUGAUGCUAGCUGUGAAAAAGUUGGCAGAGAUCCAGAAAGCUGAAUACAUCAAGUAUGAAUCUGGAACACUGAAGAAAAAGGGCGCACCACAGUCACAGGACACGGUGGCCAUAGAGUCUCCUUCGCAGGAAACGGCCGAAUGCCAGUCCCCCAAGAUGUCCACUUUCCAGGACAGUGAGCUGAGCAACGAACUGCAGGUGGCCAUGACAGGUACCAGUGAAGAGGGGCCCGAGAAACAGGCCAACCAUGUGACGCACUUCCGGGACGGAACGGUCUACCGGCAUCCCUCCCGCCUCGUCCACGAGAACAGCCUGAGUGGGAGAGCUAAGCUGAUUAGUAGCUCCCAGGAACUGCUGGGAGAUGGACCCAAAUCUCCUGGCCCUGCAGUGUCCAAAAGCCAGGAGCACCUAGCAGAAGAGGGGAAGGAGCCUCCAGCCACCCUGCCCAAAGAGGUGCGGAGCCUCCGACAUGGCCACAGCAUCAAGAGGGCAAGCGUCCCACCAGUGCCUGGAAAACCCCGGCAAUCCUUCCCUCCAGCUGCAGGCCACUACACCCCUCCACAAACUCCCACCAAGCCCCGCCCAUCCUCUCCUCAGGCUUUUGGGGUGCCCCAUGCCACGGCCAAAGUAAAACCCACGCCACAAUUGCUGCCACAGACUGACCGACCCAUGUCCCCUCGCUCACUGCCGCAGUCUCCUACGCACCGGGGCUUUGCCUAUGUCCUGCCUCAACCUGUGGAGGGAGAGGCUCAAGCUGCAGGCCCCUUGGCUCAAGCUGUGCCGGUCUUGCCCAUCUCCAUCCCGGUGCUGUGCCUGCCACCCCAGAGUGCAGAGAGUGAGGAGGAGGGAGGUCGGCCCAAGAAGAGAGCCCACAGUCUGAAUCGCUAUGCAAUGUCUGACAGUGAGCAGGAGCGGGAUGAGCUGCUGGUGCCAGAUGCCGGGCCCUAUGCCACUGUGCAGCGGAGGGUCGGCCGCAGCCACUCUGUCCGGGCACAGUCAGGUGCUGACAAGAAUGUGAAUCGCAGCCAGUCCUUUGCUGUGCGGCCCAAGAAGAAGGGUCCUCCACCACCGCCGCCCAAGCGUUCCAGCUCUGCCAUCUCCAGCAGCAACAUGACAGAUGAUUUUAACAAAGAGGGAGAGGAGGGAGAAGAGCUGGACCAGAAACUGCUGAGUGAUGGGGGCACCGUGGAGACAGGCAGUGCUGGGAGUGUGAAGAGCAUUGCUGCCAUGUUAGAAAUGUCAUCUAUCGGUGGAGGGGGGCGGGCUCUUGCCCUGCAAAAGGGGGCUGAUGGGUACUACUUGCAGCCUGGUGUGGUUAUACGCUCAGCCAGUCCGGAACAUGCCCGUGUUGCAACUGUUCUGGCCACCGUCAAGCAUAAAGAGGCCAUCGGACCAGACGGAGAGGUGGUGAACCGCCGACGCACCAUCAGUGGCCCUGUGACUGGUCUUGUGGCAGCCGCUCGCCGUGAACGCUCGGACAGCAUUAAGUCUGACAUGGUCAAAGACGGUGGCCCCGUGGAACGGCUGCGGGCAGAGCACAGUGGGAGUGCCCCACAGAAUGGUUCAGGAGAAAAUAUCCCCUUUGCUGAGGAGGGCAGCCUGACUAUCAAGCAGCGUCCCCGGCAGAUGAGCCUGGCCAAGGCCGAAGGUGGGGAAGGCUUGUCCCUGGGCCAUCGGCACAGCGACCUUUCCAGAGUGGAGGCCAGCGCCACUCUCAAGCGGAGGAUCCGGGCAAAGCAGUGUCAACAGGACAAUGUCAAGUUCAUCCUCACAGAAUCCGAUACUGUGAAGAGGCGGCCAAAGUUGAAAGACAAGGAGCAGGAGAUGGCCCAGCUGUCAGUGUACCACAAUGGCAUGGGCACCGUCAAGCGCCGGCCGACCUCUGAGAUGAGCAGCCUGGAGGCCUCAGCCCCCACAGAGCAGCAAGAGAGAGGGGGAGGGGCUUCGGGUCAGAUCCCCCGUGAAGAAACCAAGAAGCCCAUCAAGCCUCCUGUCUCUCCCAAGCCCAUCUUGCCACCCAAAACCUCAGGGCCUUCCACGCCAACCACAAAAAGGGCUCCAAUUCCCGGCCCUGGCAGCCCAGAGGUGAAACGUGUCCAUGGGACCCCACCACCCACAUCUCCAAAGCCUACACCACCCCCAACUGCUCCGAAGCCGAAGGUCCACCCUGUCCUCCAGUCAGUGAGUGCCAGCUGCACACCAGCACCUUCACCGGCCAAGCAGCUCACCCCCACCAUCAAGCCUUCAAGCACACCUCCUUCCCUCUGCUCCAGCCCAGCUAAGCCUUUGUCCCCCGGAGGGCAGCCUCCUCAGACAGUGCCAAUCAAGCCACCUCGCUCCUCAAUGGCUGGGCCCUCAGUGGAGAGCACCGAGAGCGUGCAUCAGAAACUGGAGGAGACCAGCGCUUCUCUGGCUGCUGCUCUGCAAGCUGUGGAAGAGAAGAUCAAGCAAGAGGAUGGACAAGCAGCAGAUUCCACUGCAGAAUCCAAGAGUACCGUCAGCAUCCUGGACGACAUCGGCAGCAUGUUUGAUGAUCUUGCUGACCAGCUAGAUGCCAUGUUGGAAUGAGAGCUGGAGAACAGUCCGGGCCAACCUCAGGAUCUGCCAUGGGCACAAGGGCACAAUCACCUCCAUGAAGAUCUUCCCUCCUCCAUUUUUUGAGGUUUGCACAAAGAAGACAAGGUUACCUCAGGAUUGUGUUGAUACAAACUGAGAUGCUUGAGAAAGGCUUUCCUCGGGACCUGUUUUGCAAAGCGAAGAGAGGAACCACAUUUGGGUUUCUUCUCCCAUCCCUUCCAAACACCCGUUUGACCUUAGAGAUCACAGCAUGACUGCAGUUCUCCUGCAGCGGAGUCGGAGGUCAGGGCAGCCUGGGAUGGGCAGAGCUUCCAUGGCAAUGGGAGAAAGUGAGUGUCACACUUUCUUCAGCACAGCUUUCCAGGCGAAGCUACUCCAUCGACUCCAAAGUGGCUUUCCCACCCCAUAUAUAAGUACAAAUUCCUUUCCCCUCUCUCCAGAUCAGUCCUGAGUCAUUACUGUCCCAAUACACUAUCAAAGUAUGUGGCACAAAAUAAGUAUUAAGUCUUCUCCGGUUCUUCAUGUUUUCCGUUUGGGGUGAAAUCUCGUCUUAGCAAUGACUAUUGCCUUCUGUGUUGGGUGUUUCUGGACUGCACACCGUGUUUCCUUCUAUGCCCAGCUCAUGCGCCCAUCUGCCACUGCUGGAGAUGCUGGUGGAGGCAGCCAUGGAAGGCCUGAGGGAA